UAUUUUGCGGGGUAACACCAGCAGCUCUGCAAAUACAGAGCUGGAGAUAAAGCGGUGGGCGUAAAAGUAAAAGCUGCGUACACAAUGGGGAAUACAACAUCCUGCUGCGUGUCGUCGAGCCCCAAACACCGGAGGAGCAACCACUCCAGGCUGGAGCCGUAUCGGCCGGAGCCGGAACUGAGUCGUGAGGACACGGGCUGCAACCUUCAGCACAUCAGCGACAGAGAAAACAUAGACGAUUUGCCCAUAGAGCACAAUCCUUCAGAUCAUCCUCGGGCCAGCACCAUCUUUCUCAGCAAGUCACAAACUGAUG